UUAGUGGUCGAUAACCUCUCUUAAUUAAGAGUUAAUUAGAAAUAAAGCGAAAAAGAACCUAAUUAAUUAGAAGGGAGUAAUGUAUCCAUCUAAUUAAACAGCUUAUGUCAUAGUCAAUCCCAAAUUGGAUAAAAAUUGGACUUAGCCCCAGUUCAACAACCCCAUGAAUAUGUCAUGUGAAACUGUGUAUAUUUGUUUAGUUGUUACCAAGUCCACCUUUUGCUAUCUAUCAAAAGAUGGAGCGGUUAAACAAACACCUUCCCAUAACUUCUACUCCUUACAUAUAAAUUGUAGUAAACUCUCAAAAACUAGCACUAUACAACAUUUCCCAUCAUUUCACCCUUAAAAAAAACCCCUAAACUUUUCUUAGAAAAAAAAAACCUUUUCUAGAGCUACGCAUGUCAAAUCUGUAAAAUCAGCGUAUAAAACUAUUCUUAAAACUUCAACCAUCAGCUUAAACUUUAUUUUGGUUGAUCAGCUGAUCUAGCUGACUUCAAGCUCGAUUUAGAUUUUUGGUUAUUUGCAAGCGGGUAUUCUAAUCAAAUUUUCUCUUAGGCAAAAUUUGUGAGGUUUUUUUCAAUUCCAAAACCUUGUCUUUUUUUUCCUCAUAAAUGGGUAACCAAAUGUCUUAUGGUUCAUCCACUAUAGGAAAAGUGGUCCUUUUAGAUGGGUCAAUCCAAGAAUUUGACAAACCAUUAAGUGUGGCUGAACUAAUGCUAGAAUACCCACAACAAGUAGUGGUUGAUCUAAAAUCAUCAACACAAAAAAGGCCUACUCCUUUGCCAGCUGAUGAAAUACUAGAAUUUGACAAAAUUUACCUUAUGGUUCCACUAAGGAGAGGAAAACCAGCUCAAUUAUCCCCUCAAGAGGCUCAUCAAAUUCUUCUUAGGGUAAAUGCUAUGCUUAGGUCAAAAACAUUACUUUCCUCGUCGAAAUUUCUCCCCCUUAUUGCAAAGAUUUGCCCUACUACGACUCUUAAUGAACAUUAUUAUUGUAAGUUCGCGUCAUCUAAGAAAGAGGUAUUAUUGGAAUCCGAGGAAAAGAAUAUGAAUGAUGACGAGGGUUUGAAUAUUAUUGAGAAACCGGAUUAUCUAAGUAGACAAAUCUCAGGAAAAAGUUGGAAACCAAGUUUAGACACCAUAGAAGAGAAGAAAAAUGAAAUUAAGAAAGCAUCUAAUUGGGUGAAAGUUGGUAAGAGGAUUCAGUCCAAAGGUUUGAUUUGGGGUUAAAAAUAACAUGUCAAUUUAAGUGUAAGUACUUAGGAAAAAUGUUGUUUUUAUUUCUGGUGGCUUGUAUUCCUGCAUUAAUUUGCAUGGGAAUUAAUUUAGACUUUGUACAAGAGUUUCUCUUGUUAUUUUAUAGGUGCACCAAAACAUGAAGUUUACGUACAUCUAUCUUUAUGGUAAGUUAUUAUAUAUGUAAUGUAAAUAUUAUCUUGUGUAGUUUGCUAUGAUCAUUAUUAUAUUGAUCAUGAUUGAGUGGUUUGCGUAUGUAGAAGUGAGUUUGUACAAAUUAAUACAAGUAAUGAAUCUUAUUCUGCAGUUGUUG